UGGUAUUAAUUCCGCUGUCCGUUCCAUUCAAAAAAGGUACUCGAAAAAAAGUCCAAGAGAGAAGAAAGGAAAAGAGAGUUAGCACGCGCAAUAUUAAUCAGCGGCUCCCGUGUUGCGCAGGCGCAUUGCUUAAGUUCAUACAAAAUGGCGGCCGGUGUGGGUUCACAAUAGUGAUGAAAUGGAAAAUUUUUAUUGCCGCCUUUCUAAUUGUCUACUCCAUAAUAACAAUUUACACCACGAACAGACUGCUAUCCAGGGACAAUGGCAAUAACACAUUGGAUUUUAGCCUUAUUGGUCGCCGUGCUGGUAAUUUUUCAAGCGUUCCACAAAGACUUAUUGAUGUAGAGAUAUGGGGAAAGGCUGGUAUUGCGUUAUAUUUAUGGGAGCACGUCAUUCAAGGCGACCGGGAACAAAGACUUGGCGGUAUCUGGAGCUACGGGAAAAAAGAAGUUGGACCCUUUCGAUUCCAAUUCCGCACAGGCCCUGGGGUUGCACCGAAUAAGGUCCCUAAAGAGACAGAAAACUUAGUUCUUGUCUUGAAUGGAAGAGAACCCCAGAAGGUCGAAUUUGCACAAGCUUGGCUUGAGUCGCUCAGGUUUUUUUCAAGGCUACGAAAUGUUGCUGUUAUUUUGCUAGGCAGCGAGACUUGUGCAAAUGAAUGGUUCUUGCCUUACCUCAAAACGUAUGGGGGGGUUGUAAAUGUUGCUUUCAUCAUCUAUGACAUCCCUGAAAAAGACGAAAGAUCUAUUUUUCAAUGGCCUCUAGGAGUUGCUACUUACAGGGAAUUCCCCAAUGUUCCCCCUUUAUCAGUGGAAGUGGAAAUGCCACGGAAGUACAUUUGUAAUUUUCUAGGCACUAUUUAUAAUAAUUCCUCCAGAGUUGUUUUGAAAAAAGUUCUUGAUUCCUUCAAGUACAUAGAAGAUGGGUUAUGCUAUGUCAACUUUCGGGAGAAAUGGAAUCCUAGUGAGUCGCAGGAGACUAGUCAGCAGUAUUACUAUGCACUUGCAAACAGUGACCUAACACUCUCCCCUGUUGGUAUUAACACCGAAUGCUACAGGAUAUACGAGGCCUGCUCAUAUGGAUCUGUCCCAGUAAUAGAGGAUGUCAUGACACCUGGAAAGUGUGGGGGAAAAGAGAAUCCAUUGUAUAUACUUAAAAAAUAUAAAGCCCCAUUUAUUUUUAUCAAGCACUGGACAGAACUCCCUAAGAUUAUUGAAAAAGAACAGUUAAUGAGCACAUAUGAACUUUCUGACAGGAGAAAAACAAUUAUAAAUUGGUACAACAAAUUUAAAGAACAACUAAGGUUGCAUUUUGUUAAAGUUUUAAAGGAAAAAUUUGUACAAUGAGCAAAGAAAUUGUAAAUUUUUAAUGUAUGUAUGUAUGUAUGAAAAUGAUCACAUUUAUGAUACAGUAUGAUAUUGUCUGAUAUUAAUUAUAUACAUACCCUAAAGAGAAUAAAAUAACAAACAGUC